GUCAAACUAAUACUGAAAAGCUUGAAGACGGUGACGAGCAAUGUGUACCACCAGAAGAAUGUUUAGCGGAAAUGAAAAUAACGAAACCACCAAGUUUAUCAACCCUUACACUGAGCAAUUCUUCACAUGGCCUCGACGAAAUUAUAAGGUGCGAGCGAUUUGGAACCCUGAAACGACUUCUUCGGGUGACAGCGUAUGUUCUACGAUUUGUGAAAGCAGUGCAACACAAGAAGGACGGUAGAAUUGAAGGUGGUAGUUUUUAA